AUCGGUUGAUUGAGAUUGAGUGUGGAAAUGUGUGCAAGAUCGAAAGCAGAGUACGACGAGGAACUUUGUGGGAGUAAUAAAGACAUCAAACGUCAACGACGAGACGCUGGUCUCAAUCAAGCAUCCAUCAACAAUCCAGUUGGGCUACUCAAAGCAGACAUCAGUGAAAAAUAUCUUCGUCUUGAGCAACAUGAGUCAGAGUCUACUCACGUCAAAGAGGAGCCAGAGUCUGCCCUUAUUACAGGAGAAGAGGAGCCAGAAACCAUCCUUGUUAAAGAGGAAGAUGAACCAGAGGCCCCUCACCUUAAAGAGGAAGACGACGUCAUCAAGUUGCCAUUGAGUUUUCCCUAUUUCAAGAGUGAAGAUGAGAGUGAGGAGCACAGAGGGGCAAAGCCUCCAAAUAGCAACUCAACAGGUGAUGCUGACCACCGUGGACCAUCACUAGCAUGUAGUAAUGACUCAUCACAUUUCCUUGGUGAUGAUGAGGAUGAUAAUAAAGAGGCUGAAAGGGGCAUGACAUGUCCCAUCGACAACAAAUGCUGGCAGUGUGGGAAAACAUUUUGUUCCAAGGGGAAUUUGAAUGUUCACUUGAGAAAACACUCUGGGGACAAACCUUUCACCUGCACAGUUUGUGGCCAAAGCUUCACUGAAAGAGGCACCUUGACAGUACACACAAGAACACACACUGGAGAGAAACCUUUUGCCUGUUCAUUUUGUGACGAAAGCUUCUCUGUAAAGGCAAGUUUAACCAGACACACAAGAAUGCACACUGGAGAGAAACCAUUCAUGUGCUCAGUUUGUGGUAAGAGCUUUAUCGAAAAGGGGACUUUGGUCAAACACACACGAACGCACACAGGAGAGAAAAGUUUUGUGUGCUCAGUUUGUGGUAAAUGCUUCUCGGAGAAAGGCACUUUGAGAAAACACACAAGAAUACACAGUGGAGAGAAAGCCUUUGCCUGCUUAGUUUGUGGUCAAAGCUUCACUGUGAAGACAAGUUUGACAAGGCAUACGAAAACACACACAGGAGAGAAACCUUUUACCUGCUCAAUUUGUGGCAAACGCUUCGCUGCAAAGUCUUGUUUGGUGAGGCACACCCGAAUACACACUGGAGAGAAACCAUUUGUAUGCUCAGUUUGUGGCAAAAGUUUUGCUCAAAAGCCAAAUUUAACAGUGCACAAGAGAAUACACACACGGGACAAACCUUUGGCCUGCUUAGUUUGGGGUCAAAGGUUUGCGAAAAAGAUGCCAUUAAAAGGACACAAAGGGAGACACACGAGGGGAACACAUGAAUUGUCGAGCAUCUGCUGAAGGGACACAAACGUGCUGCUGAGAAGGGUAGCGGACAAUGAAACGGUUGCCUGCUUAAUCUCUGCUGAUCGCUACCUGGAAAUAAACCUUUUGCCUGCUCAGUUUGUGGAAAAAAACUUUGUGAUAAAGGAAGUUUAACACACUGA